AUGGAGCAGAGAAGGGUGAUUGAGGAGCAUUUCAAAACUUUGUUCACUACUGAGGCACGACGCAAUAACGAUGAUAUCCUUAACUGUGUGGUUACCCAAGCUACUAAUGACAACUUGUUGCAGGAAAUUAAUGUUGAGGAAAUAAAAGAGGCUAUAAUGCAGAUGGGGGGAUUAAAGGCGCCUGGCCCGAUGGAUAUCAAGAGCCUCAGUUUUGGAAGGAAUGGACCUACUAUCACUCACCUCCUUUUUGCAGACGACACUCUCCUAUUUGUUAAGGCCAAUACUCAAAACUGCCACAUCAUGAAGUGCUUGCUGGAUGACUAUUGUAAAGUGUCUGGGGCCAUCUUUGGCAUGUCUGCUGUAGAGGACCCCGGUAAGUACUUGGGCCUCCUAACAAUGUGGGGGAGGUCAAAGAGAGAUGCUUUGCAAUUUGUAAGGGAAAAGCUAUUGCACAAGAUUAGUGGAUGGAAACAAUCACUUAUCUCCCAAAUCGGAAAGGAAGUUCUCAUCAAAGCUGUCGUGCAAGCUGUUCUGACUUAUCCAAUGGGACAUGAUGGCGGCAUGGGCUUCCAUGAUUUUCAUGACUUCAAUAUGGCCUUACUUGCUCAACAGUGCGAGUGGCUACUCACCGAACCUGAAUCACUUUGGGCUCAGCUAAUCAAAGCUCACUACUAUCCGAAUUGUAAUUUUCUUGAGGCCAAAAAAGGUAGCAGGGCUUCAUGGGCAUGGGUUGGCCUUAUUGAAGGUAGAAGGGUGAUCUUGAAUGGAGCAAGAUGGCAAAUUAUGAAUGGUUCAAAAGCGCUAAUGCAAUCCAACGCAUCCCCAUUUGCAUCACUUCGAAAAUGGUCGAGCGAGAAGAACGGAAAGUACUCGGUAAGAUCUGGCUAUCACAACAUUCACACUUCUCAUCAACAAACCUCCCUGAGAAGGCCAUCUCCAUCUAUCUUGAUUGACUCAAAGGUUUGGAAGUUGAUUUGGCAUGCCGACGUCCCACCAAAGGUUCUACAUUUUCUUUGGAAAGCUCUAAAUGGUCACAUUGCUGUCUCCUCCGUCUUACAGAAGAAGAAAUUGCGACCCUCCCCUCUAUGUCCUAUUUGCAAUGAUGAGGAGGAAUCAAUUGAGCGUAUGCGCUUUCUCUGUCCUUGGGUCGAGCCGAUAUGGUUUGGAGGCAUUUUAAACUAUAGAAUCGACAAGCAUGGCAUCUCUACUUUGCAUCAAUGGCUGCGAGAUUGUGUUACUGUGGGCCUUAACACCAAGGAGGAGAGAAACCGUGUUCUAGAUCAUAUUACACUCACGUGGAAUAAUCGUCAAACUCCACAAGCUAGGUGGAUUACUCCUCCCACUUCUCUUGCCAAAAUCAAUGUCGAAGCUGCUUGGCAUCAUGGCUCUUGUCGUGCGGGGGCUGGCAUUAUUAUCCGCAACUCUGAAGGGAGUUUUAGGGGGGCAAAAUCUAUCUCUUUCCAUGUGGAGACUGCAUUGGAUGCAGAGGCAGUUGCUCUUUUGGAGGGAUGCAAAUUUGCAAAAGAACAAAAUUUCACUAAGGUAUGCUUUGAGUCUGACUCUUUGGAGCUAAUUAAGUAUGUCAAAGGGAAUAUUAGUAGAGGGAGAUGGAACCUUUAUCCUGUCUUUACCCUCAUCCGUGAGGAACAACGGAGAUUUGAGGGGUGUUCAUGGAAUUGGACAAAUAAGAUUGACAAUCAAGCGGCAAACAAUCUUGUGUCGUUGGCAUUAUCAAGGAUGAGUAAGGGAGUUUGGGUUGAGAGACCCCCCCACUUCUCUUGUGCACAUUCUAAGCAAGGACGACCUUCGCUGCCUUCAUCUCUCCUAAGUGGGUUGCCACUGGUCUAG